CUAAAGGAAUCGUCUGAAAUCGAUAUAUUGAAGAAGCAGCUAGUGGAUGCGUUUUACGGAAUGGAUAGAGGACUUAAGGCGACGAGCGAUAUUAUGGUUGAAGUUGUGGAGUUAAUCACACAACUUGAAGCUAAAAACCCUACUCCGGCUCCCACCGAUGCACUUACUCUUCUUAAUGGCAAAUGGAUUCUCGCGUACACAUCAUUGCCACUGGUAAAAGUGGAGGAGAUUUCAGAAACCAUAGAUUCACUUGACUUCACUAUCCAAAACUCCGUCUUGUUUUCUGGACCAUUAGCCACCACAGCAAUUAGCACCAAUGCCAAAUUUGAAUCUAUGGGUCGUGGGGCGUGGGGUGUGGGCUUGGGCGUGUGUGGUGCGUGGAAUGUGGAGCAUGGGGUUGGGCAUGAGGCGUAG